AUUUGCUAGCCGCCUGGCAGGAUGAUGGUUGUUACAAAGUAUGUAAAUAAUUGAAAAGUGUUUAGCAAAUAUUAAAAAACUUUAAAUAAAAUAUAAAGUGAUGUAUCAGUGUACUAAAUAUUAACGUGCAAUAACCAAAAAUUGAAGUUGAGUAAAAUUUGGAAGUUUAAGGAAUUGUUUGUGUGUGAUAUGUAAUAUUUCCCCCAAUGAAAUUGGUCAUAUCAAAUAGCAUGUGUUUUCGCUGUACAAUGUUCAAGCCUGUCAGGUAGAAGUAAGUUGGAAAGGUUUUGGUGGAUGUUCCAAUGGGAGAGGAGAGUGCUUGCGAGUGUAUGAGAAUCUCGGUCAAAGUAAUCUUACAAAACUUAAGUGCGACCCAGUGAAGUGGAGGUUGUAUGAAACAUAUUACCAGGAUGACUUAUCAUGUAAUAUUUGCACCCACAGCACAAAUUUUGCGAGAGUACAACACAGAGAGCUCAUUUAAAAUGUUGCACUAGCACUAAACGGUGAGCCGGUUUGAUGAUGAUAAAACGUUUGUAUGUAUAUUAAUCUCAGCAAAUGAAAGUGCAAGGAUAUUUUUGUGAAUUUGCUACACUGGGCAUGUGCUACAUUAGCACCACCAGCAAGGGAAAGUCGACAUACGGUCGCGCAACAAAGUUGCUUGUAAACAUUGCAAACAAUACGAAAAACAAAACAAUAAUAACAACAACCACAUGUGGUUUGUGCGCGUAUGUCAGCGAUGUGGGGGAAUGUAAAAUCGAUGACAUUGAGCGUGCAACAAUGUAGUUACUGCCGAUACAGUUGUUGCAGGAGCUGCGUCUAAAAUGUGCUGUUACUUCGUUGUGAAUGUUAACUUAGGUUUUAAUACGUACGUUUGGGGCUAACGACCGUGGUGCACUUUUUGCUCUUCGAUACCUCCAACAUUGUAUGUAGCUGCUGUUGUUUGGUAUCAACUACGGCUGUGGUCUGGACGCACCUAUAUUUUUUGGUAUAUUACUAGCUGACACAAGCAUAAAAAUGAGAGUAGAUGAUAAAAUGUAUACUGCAGUAAAUGUUUCCCAUCGUUUGCACCACUUCCGCCCCAAUUAUAUCUACACAUUUUUUCCUUACAGCGUUACUUUGUGAGCAUUGCAUUUUGUAGACAAAAUUUGGGACAGUAAUUGCAAAAGUUACUUUGUUGCGAAGAAUUGAUUUUUGCAGAACCGCAAGAAAAAGUCAUAAAAACACUUACAAAACGCUUACAAAAAGGGAAUUAAUCGAUUGAAAUAAUAUUAUUGUAUUAUUGAACACAACAAAAGUCAAUUUAUGUAAAAUUAUGCAAAUGGAAAUAAAAUUGAAAGUGGAAAAUUCGUUAAGUCAAAGUUGAAGAUAAUGGUGAUAUAAUGCAAUAGGAUAAGAAAAAAAAAAAAGUUGAACGCAAUCAAGUGAAUCCAAAAAUCAAGACAAAUUUAAAUAUAUUUUAAAUGAAUCGUCGAAUGGAAUAAAUGAAUUUGACCCUAGAUAAUGUGAAAACGAGAACAAUCGAAAGUAUGCUAAACAUUCCCCUAAAUUAAUAAAAUUUGAUUAGUUAAAGAAGUAGUAAAAAAAUAGCUCAAACAUGUCAUCGACCUCUUCCGCAACCUCCGGCAACAGUACUCAAUUAACAACCAAAACAACAAUAGUAACUGCCGUAAACAGCUCUUCCGCCAGUACGUCGAUGUUUCAGUUCCUUUGCAUCGUAUUCGCUUGCAUCAUUUGUUACUAUAACAGUGCGCAAUGUGGUCUAGUUUUUGACGACAUCAGUGCAAUACGUGAUAAUAAGGACCUACGUCCCAGUACUCCGUUACAAAAUAUAUUUCUCAAUGAUUUUUGGGGCACCCCCAUGCGCAAGGAACAAUCUCAUAAAUCUUAUCGACCACUCACCGUACUCACAUUUCGUUUCAAUUACUGGCUGCAUGAGCUCCAACCAUAUGGCUACCACGUCUGUAAUGUUAUGCUGCACAUUGUUGUUUGCUUAUUGUGGCGACGUGUUUGCCGGCUAAUAUUGCUGCAAUGCGCAUGUGUUGGUAGUAGGGAAAACAAUGCUCAAAGUAACGACGCCGCUGAAGCCAGAUAUAAAGCGCUUAAUCAUUGCAGUUUUCUCGCUGCACUGUUAUUUGCAGUACAUCCCAUACAUACCGAAGCAGUUACCGGUGUUGUUGGACGUGCUGAGUUACUCUCAUCCAUAUUCUUUUUGGCGGCAUUUCUCUCAUAUGCCGGUGCUGUAAUGCCAAGCUGCACAAAUCGUCGCCAACCGCAGCAUAGUCAACCACAACAGAAACGAACACGUUGGGUACUUUUAAUCUGCAGUUUCUUCAGUUGUCUUUUGGCUUCGAUGCUGUGCAAGGAACAGGGCAUAACGAUAGCGGGUAUAUGUGUUGCAUAUGAAGUAUUUGUUGUGCAGCAGAUACGUCCUUUAGACUUAUGGUGUUAUUUGCAAGAACUUUUUGAAGAAAAUAAAAUGAGCUCACCUGCUCUUAAGGUGAAUGGAAAUGGUGGAAAAGUAACCGUAACAAAAGUGAAAACAGUACAUGCAAUAUGGAAUGCAACGCUAGUAAAGCGUUUAUGUUUUUUAAUCUUCGUUACUGUGGCCUUAUUUGUUGGACGUGUUUAUGUUAUGGGUUCGCAACUGCCAGUAUUUACGCCUUUUGAUAAUCCUGCAGCUUCGGCGGAGACGCCUUCGCGCCAGUUAACAUAUAGCUACCUGAUUUACUUAAACGUUUGGUUGCUUUUAUUUCCUAGCAAUUUAUGCUGCGAUUGGACAAUGGGUACCAUUUCGCUUAUUGAAGGUUUCAUUGACAUUCGUAACGUAGCUACCUUGGUUACAUUCGCGAUGCUGUUUGGUUUGGUAGCACGUGCUUGUACCACUAAAAAUCUCACUUUAUCGCGUACAUUGUUAAUGUGCCUUGCAUGGACUGUUUUGCCUUUCAUACCAGCUUCAAAUUUAUUCUUUCCUGUUGGAUUUGUAGUAGCCGAACGUAUAUUAUAUAUGCCUUCCAUGGGUUUUUGCUUAUUAGUGGCCUAUUCAUAUACUAACUUUCAGCAAAGACUUCGGCAGGCUUCGAUUUUAAAAUAUGUACUGAAAUUUGGUUUGGUUUUGCUACUUAUAACGCACACUAUAAAGACACAUCAGCGCAAUUUGGACUGGCGAAAUGAAUAUACACUCUUCACCUCUGGUCUGAGGGUAAAUACUCGUAAUGCAAAAUUAUUUAAUAAUGUGGGACAUGCUUUGGAAAACGAGGGUCGAUACGAAGAGGCUUUAAAAUAUUUCAAGAAAGCUGUACACACACAAGCAGAUGAUAUUGGUGCACAUAUUAAUGUGGGACGUACUUAUAAUAAUCUCAAAAUGUAUCCAGAAGCAGAGGAAGCAUAUUUAAAGGCAAAAGCAUUAUUCCCUAAAAUAAAGCCUGGAGAAACCUAUCAGGCGCGAAUAGCUCCCAGUUAUCUGAAUGUUUUCAUAAAUUUGGCGAAUUUAAUUUCAAAGAAUCAAACUCGACUUGAGGAAGCUGAUUAUCUGUACAGGCAGGCUAUAAGUAUGCGCGCGGAUUAUGUUCAGGCUUAUAUCAAUCGCGGGGAUAUAUUAAUGAGACUAAAUCGUACUGCACAAGCACAGGAAGUAUAUGAGAAAGCUUUACUUUACGAUAGUGAAAAUGCGGAUAUACAUUACAAUUUAGGAGUUGUGUUUUUGGAGCAAGGAAAGAGUGCGCAGGCGCAUGUUUAUUUCAAUAAGGCUAUUGAAUUGUUUCCUGAACAUGAACAGGCCUUACUAAAUUCUGCUAUAUUAUUACAAGAAAUGGGUGGUGCAGAAGCAAGACAAUUAUCGCGUGAACGUUUACAUAAAGUACUAAAUAAAGAUAAAAAUAAUGAAAAAGUGUAUUUUAAUCUGGGUAUGCUUGCAAUGGAUGAAUCUAAUUUCGAAGAGGCUGAACAGCUUUUUAAAAGGGCGAUACACUUAAGGGAGAAUUUUCGUAGUGCACUUUUCAAUUUAGCUCUGCUCUUAGCAGAUGCGAAUCGACCAUUGGAUGCAGUACCUUUUCUAAAUCAACUUAUACGUCAUCAUCCCACACAUAUUAAAGGACUCAUAUUACUUGGGGACAUAUAUAUAAAUCAUAUGAAAGAUUUAAGUGCAGCUGAAGUUUGUUAUCGCAAUAUACUUAAAUAUGAUCCCAGCAAUUCGGAGGGUAUACACAAUUUAUGUGUUGUUUUUGUGGAACGUAAACACUUAGCUAGAGCGGCAGCUUGUUUGACAUAUGCACAUCAUAUGGCACCUAAUGAAGAUUAUAUUAAACGACAUCUACAAAUAGUGCAAUCGCGUCUACUAAAGUUAUCAAAGUUACCUGACUCGUCACCAGAAAAACGGACUGCUUUCAUAGAUUAUAAUCCAACGGAAUUCGAUAUUCAAAAUGAACAUAAAUCAUAGUGAUAGAUUUACUUUUAAGUGUUUCUCUCAGCAAUGUGUGUGAAUCUCAAGGAAGAUGUUACUAUAAGAUAUUUGAAGUUCUAAGGUGAAAUUGUAAGCAAACAUUUGAAUCUUAAAAAUACUUUGGUAUACUUCGGCUUACUUUUUUAAGCUAGCUUUUAUGUGUGGCUGAAUUCUUUCAUUUGAAUUCUUUCAUUUAUAUUAUUGAAUAUAUAAUUGGGGAGCUUCGUUACAAUGGACCAAAUAAAAAUGAGAAAAAUUUCAAAGCUUUAUAACUGAUAUUAGAUAUGUAGUAUUCGAUUUUAUUUGUAGAAGAUGGAAGAAGAAUAAGGAUUCAGAGCUAUAAAAUUCUUGUCAUGAAUGUAAAGUCUUACCAAGAGAAUAUUAUAUUUCCAUUAAAGAUGUUGCAGGUUGUAGCUUGAGUAUCAACAGAUAGAAUAGGACUAAUUUAUAUGAUUAGAAGAUUCAAUUAAUAUUGUCACUUAAUUUCUAUAAUGGGAAAAUCAGGCACUUAAAAGUGUGCUGCGAAAUCAAUUAUACUAUGUUGAACUAUUAGUAUCGAAGUUUGUACAUUGGCAAAUUGCGCAAAUGGUUUAGCAUCAGUCUUCUACUCGAAAAUCUAAAAAUGAGUAGUGUAG